AGUAAAUCUUUGCUGGAUUAUAAAGUCUCUGCUUGUUUUCCAAUGCUCUGUAGUGACAAUCAGUGGUAGUUUGGGCUUGGAAGAAAGGAACGCCGGUUUUAUCAAAUUUUCCUCCUCAACACAGCAGAAAUCUCAGCGCAGUCUGUAACUCAUCUCAUAAACAUGUCGACCAAAUUAUUGGUUUAUUUAUUACUCCUGUCAUCCCCCCACGUGUGCUCCCAGACAAUCGAAUACGAGGAGGAAUACGAGGACGUUACUGUAAACCAGAUGCUGGCGCCCAAAACUCAGGAGACAGACGCAACACAAAUAUUGAAUAAUUUACUGAAGGAAUACGACAAGAAACUUCGACCAGAUAUCGGAAUUAAACCAACAGUCAUAGACGUCGACAUAUAUGUGAACAGCAUCGGACCCGUCUCAUCAAUUAAUAUGGAAUACCAAAUUGACAUCAUCUUUGCUCAAACGUGGACUGACAGCCGCCUUAGAUACAACAGCACUAUGAAAAUAUUGACUCUGAACAGCAAUAUGGUGGGACUUAUUUGGCUUCCUGACACCAUUUUUAGAAACUCCAAAAACGCAGACUCUCACUGGAUUACAACACCCAAUCAGCUGCUCCGAAUAUGGAACGAUGGGAAGAUACUGUACACACUAAGACUUACCAUCAAUGCUGAGUGUCAGCUGCAGCUACAUAACUUUCCAAUGGAUGAACACUCCUGUCCCCUUAUCUUCUCCAGCUAUGGGUACCCCAGAGAUGAGAUGAUUUACAAAUGGAGGAAGAACUCAGUGGAAGCUUCGGACCAAAAAUCCUGGAGACUAUACCAGUUUGAUUUCAUGGGGUUGCGAAACACCACAGAUGUAGUGAAAACAACAGCAGGUGACUACAUGGUGAUGACAGUAUACUUUGACCUCAGCAGAAGAAUGGGCUACUUCACCAUUCAGACCUACAUCCCCUGCAUCCUCACAGUGGUCCUGUCAUGGGUGUCCUUCUGGAUUAAAAAAGAUGCUACUCCGGCCAGGACAGCACUAGGGAUAACAACAGUGUUGACUAUGACUACACUCAGCACAGUGGCCAGGACGUCUCUGCCCCGGGUGUCCUACGUCACUGCCAUGGACCUCUUUGUCACCGUGUGCUUUUUGUUCGUCUUUGCAGCUUUGAUGGAGUAUGCCACCCUCAAUUAUUAUUCUUACAGCGUACGCAAGCCGAACUACGCCAAGGCAAGAAGAUCGAACUACUCAGUGCUCGACGUGGGACCACCCCCUACAGUCAUUACGUUGAACAAUUCCAUGUACUGGCAGGAGUUUGAGGAGGCCUGUGUCUACGAGUGCCUGGAUGGGAAAGACUGUCAGAGCUUCUUCUGCUGCUAUGAGGAGUGCAAGGGCGGAGCAUGGCGAAAAGGACGGGUUCACAUAGACAUUUUGGAACUGGAUGCUUACUCUCGUGUCUUCUUCCCCACAUCCUUUCUCCUGUUCAACGUUGUCUACUGGGUAGGCUAUCUCUACCUUUAAGAGUCUCCCGUGAUGAAGCGGACUCAAUUUUAGGUUUCCUGAACAUGAGGAGAUGACAGUGAAGGAGGAGAGACCUACAGAGCAAAGCUAAA